AUGGCUGCCCCCAUGCCGCGGGGGCUGUCUUACCUAUGCAGGGCUUUAGGAUGGUGGAACCGACAGCCAGUCCUGGUGACUCAGUCCAUAGCUGUAGUUCCAGUGAGAACUAAAACACGUUUCACACCUCCUGCUUAUGAACCUAAAUACAAAUCACAAAAGGAGUUUAUAGAACGUUCCCGGAAAGCAGGAAUCGUCAUUCCUCCAGAACGUUUGGAACGUCCCAUACAUCUGGCCUGUACAGGUGGUAUCUUUGACCCCUAUGUUCCUCCAGAGGGUGAUGCUCGGGUAUCAGCUCUUUCAAAGGAAGGACUGGCACAGAAAACUGAACGAUUGAAGAAGAAUGUGGCAUCACAGUUGUCCAUACGGAGGAUAAGAGACCAUGAUGCUAAUUUUAAAAUAAAGGACUUCCCUGAAAAAGCUAAGGAUAUCUUCAUUGAAGCUCACCUUUGUCUAAAUAACUCAGACCAUGACCGACUUCAUGCCUUGGCAACUGAAAACUGUUUUCCGGACAUGGUCUGGGACAUCCAAUACAAGACCGUCCGCUGGAGCUUCGUAGAGUCGUUAGAGCCAGCCCAAGUGGUUCAGGUUCGCUGUUCGAGCAUGGUGAACGAGGGCAAUGUGUAUGGCCAGAUCACCGUCCGCAUGCAUACCCGCCAGACUUUGGCCAUCUAUGACCGGUUUGGCAGAUUGAUGUAUGGACAGGAAGAUGUGCCCAAGGAUGUUCUCGAGUAUGUUGUUUUUGAAAAGCACCUGACAAACCCCUAUGGAAGCUGGAGAAUGCACGGCAAGAUUGUGCCUCCAUGGGCGCCCCCUAAGCAGCCCAUCCUCAAGACGGUGAUGAUCCCUGCCCCCCAGCCAAACCUUGGGGAAGACUGCGAAGAGCCACAAGCAGAGGCCCAGAAGUCUCAGCUGGCCUGA